AGUCUUGUUCUGUCAGUGUCAAUCAACAAUUGUAGAAAAUCUGCAAGUAAUUCGUUGGUUUGAGUUUUGUUGACUGAAAAUUUCGUACAUCAUUUGAAAUCAUGUCCGCAAGAUACGAUAGAGCAAUCACUGUUUUUUCCCCAGAUGGACAUUUGCUUCAAGUUGAAUAUGCUCAAGAAGCCGUACGCAAAGGUUCUACCGCUGUUGGUGUCCGUGGUGCGAAUGCUGUUGUUCUUGGAGUAGAAAAAAAAUCUGUUGCAAAACUUCAAGAAGAAAGAACAGUGAGAAAAAUUUGUUCCUUGGACGAUCAUGUAGUGAUGGCUUUUGCUGGUUUAACUGCUGAUGCACGAAUUUUAAUUAACAGGGCACAAAUUGAAUGCCAAUCUCACAAACUCACUGUUGAAGACCCAGUUACUUUGGAAUAUAUCACGAGAUAUAUUGCUGGCCUUAAACAAAAAUAUACUCAAAGUAAUGGAAGACGUCCAUUUGGUAUUUCUUGUUUAAUAGGUGGAUUUGAUUAUGAUGGUACUCCACAUUUGUAUCAAACAGAACCUUCAGGAAUUUAUUAUGAAUGGAAGGCAAAUGCUACAGGCAGGUCAGCUAAAACUGUUAGGGAAUUUCUCGAAAAAUAUUACACAUCAGAUGAAGUUUCCACAGAAAAAGGAACAGUUAAAUUAGCUAUCCGUGCCUUAUUAGAAGUUGUUCAAUCGGGCCAGAAAAAUCUAGAGAUUGCUGUUAUGAAGCAUGGGGAACCUCUCCAAAUGUUGGAUGGAAAUACUAUUGAAAAAUAUGUAACUGAAAUUGAAAAAGAAAAAGAAGAAGAGGCUGAAAAAAAGAAAGCAAAAAAAUAAUUAAGUCUAGGGUAAAAUAAGGAUUCUUCAAAUGUUUCAUUUUUAACAAAAUAAAUUAAGUCUGUAAUA